AUGUGUUUUUACCAACGUCUCAUCUUCCCGUGCAGUCAUGGGGUAAUUGAAUGGCUCAAGGUAGAACUAUGCAAAAAUGCCCUCCAACAUUCAGACCCAAACAGACAGUACAAAUGCCCGCUCCGCGUCCCUGUGGGAGGCUUUAUUAGUCAACACGAGCAGACAUGCGCCAUAUGCGAAAGUGAAGAGCGCAAUAAGGGGACUAUGGGGUAUGGGUCUCCUCCCGCCGACCCGGUGGUGGAGACCCCUGUAAUGAGAGGUAGUGAAUGGUCAGAUAGUGGCUUGACACAUCGCGAAGGACAGUUAACUCAACAUAUAUCUGAGGCCACUAUACAGAUGAGAACGACACCAGGUUUACAGGAUCGACAGACCUUCGUGCAGCCGACUCCAGGGCCACAAAAUCAGUAUCGUUGCUCACCUCUUAACCCGAAUCGCCCGCAGGAACAGCCACCGCAGGUUUCAAUGAAACGGAAAGCAAUAUAUAUUCUAGACCAAGAAGGCCGCUCGACUAAACGGAAGUUUGCCUCAUCCAGUAACGUAGACAUAUUACAAGAAGGAGAUGGGGGGGGGGAAGGGAGAGGAGAAGCAGCAGCAGCAGUAGGAGGGGGGGGAGGAGGAGGAGGAGGAGGAGGAAGGGAAGGGGGCAGAGGGGUGAGAGAGGGGGCCGGAGGAGGUAGAGCAACUAAAAGUGCUAUUAAUCAACGACAGCAGCAACAGGCGCCCUCCCUCCCAAAGGAAACUCCUCCCCUGGUGGUGAAUAUCCCACCCCCGCCAUCACAAUCUCCUCCUUCCCCCCGUCCUCCAAACUUCAGACAGAAUUUCCCAUAUCCUCCGGGAUAUAAACACUCGGAGCCAGGGCCACGCACAAAAAAUGAGAUUUUCCAAGAUGAGAUGCUGGAGCGCAUGGCUGAAUGGAACACUAACCCUGGUGAGCCGCAGACGCUAGAUAUGGAGCGUGCUAGGUUACUAUCCCAGAAUACUCUGAAAAAUGAGAUUACUGUGUAUAAUCGGGAUAUGAGUGAGUUACAGUCCAGGUCGAGAGCUAAUCUUCAUGCUAUGACUAUGCAGCGCGAGGAGGAUAAAGGGCUCUGGGCGGUUUAUGAUUACCACAUGAGCGUGGUAAGAAUGGAGGCCGGGAAUGCGGAGUGCUUAGAAGUAACAAUAUAG